CAGUGAGUUAUCGUUCUUUGUUCAGGAAACCAAGAACCACUCAACCACGGAUUUGCUUAUUAUUGUUUCUUUGUUGUCAUAGUCACUGACCGGAACCAUUAUGGCCGUGUAUACACGUGUUUUUACAUGUAUCCUAAUUGCAACACUUGAUCGAAAGCCCUACAUGUAAUAAGAUGCCAAAAUCCAAAAAGUCGGUUUUGCCUAUGCAGAAUAAGCAGAAAGGCGCAAAAGGACCACCAGCUUUCUUACCUGGCGGAAUACAGCUUAAUCCCCGUAGCUUCCCCCUCAGCCCAUGGACAGUUGUAGGAUCGCUUUGUCUGUGGAUGUUUAUAGGAUUGGCUGCCUUUAAGACUUUUCUUUAUUUUGGCACUUACCGUUCACUCGAUUCCGACUUGGCAGGUUCCUGCGAUGUUCAUCUUAAAAGUUCUUUAGAAGAGAAUAUGAAAAUCGCCGAAAACUACUCAAGUGGAGACUCAGGGCCGUACAUAAAGAGGAUAGGAUCUCAGAUGUAUGGUGAAACGUUUGCUGGUACCCCAUCCCCACGAGAACUACCUACUGUUCCUCCACUGGUCACAGCGAUAUCGUCUGGCGAUUUCUUCCAAGUUCAGGGUCUCAUCCGGGACAUCGAGGAUGUCAACAAGAGCGGAAAGUUUUUACUCAAACUCAUCAUCUAUGAUAUAGGGAUGUACAACAGUGAAAAACUACUAAUGAAAAAGCAUUGCAACUGUGACAUCAGAUCAUUUGAUGUCGGACAUUACCCAGAUCACGUUGCCAUUUACUCGAACAAAGCCUAUCAACCUAUAAUAAUGCAGAUCAUCCUAGAGGAAUUUGGAUCGGUAAUGUGGAUCGAUCCUUCAGUAAAACUCAAAGAAGCUCGAGACCUGGGCAUGCUCAGAUACAGAGGAUCACAUGAUUUCUUUUUGUGGGAAGAAGAAGUUUUCAAUUCUGUUACCGCUUACACACACCCAAAGAUGUUCGAGUUUUUUGGCGAAAAACGAUGCACAUUUGCGGAGUCCGGGAUGGUGGACACCAGUAGUAUAGUUCUGUACAGAACUAACCUGACAUGGUAUGGUAUAAUGAAACCAUGGCUGAAGUGUGCUCUCACAUCAUAUUGCAUAUCUCCCAAAGGUGCUAAGAAUUCGGAGUGUUUUCAUUGGGAACGACCAAAAAUGACUGGGUGCCACUGGUUUGCACAGUCAGCUUUCAGUAUAAUCAUUAAUAGGGUUUUCCAAUUUUCCUCUCAUAUAGACAAGUUAUCAAUCCCUCGUUUCACCACAAAAGAAGAGGUGGAAACUGUUUAUCAUUUCCCUGAGCAGCCAUGGACUUAUGGCGAGAUGAUUUUUGUGCUUAUUCUUCCAACAAUGGUCUGUGGUGCUCUGUUUUACAUGUACCAACGACGGUCCCGAGCUCAGAAGAAUCAAUACUUGAGGAGAUGAUCACUCCAUUAUACGAAUCAGAAGACUGAUGUGGAGUUUCUGAAAAGUUGGUCGUAUGAAAGAAGGUUAUGAGUGAGAAAAGGAAUUCCUUUGUAGAUGUACCAUGGAAACAUGGCGAGAAACGAACAUUGAUAUAUGAUUACAUUACAAAAUGUUGAGCUGCAGGUGUGUGUAUUAAUGUGUUUGCCUGGGUGUGUAAAUAUAAACAUCUUUAUUCUGCAAUAGUCUGCAGGUUAAAACUUGUACAGGGUAGUUAUUUAUAAUAUUCAUCAUAUUUCAAAUGAUCUCAUUGAAGGACAUCCAUGAAUGUAUUGAUACGAUUGUUUGUGCAUAUCUAUAUUUUGUGAUAUUCUGAGCAUUUGAUAUUCUCUUGUGGUAAUAGCACAAAUAUAUCAAUAGCUAGUGGUACAGGUAACUUGAAUAUCGAUAAAAGGAUUCUGAAUUUGCUAGAUGUAUGUACUCCCCCUGUACCUUUUGUCGUUCUGCGGUGGCCUAGUGGUUAGGGCGCUUGCUAGAUUCAUGUACUCCCCCUGUACCUUUUGUCGUUAUGCAGUGGGCAGUGGCCUAGUGGUCCCCAUGUACCUUUUGUCGUUAUGCGGUGGCCUAGUGGUCCCCCUGUACCUUUUGUCGUUCUGCGGUGGCCUAGUGGUCCAACUGUACCUUUUGUCGUUAUGCGGUGGCCUAGUGGUCCCCCUGUACCUUUUGUCGUUCUGCGGUGGUCUAUUGGCCCCCUGUACCUUUUGUCGUUCUGCGGUGGCCUAGUGGUCCCGCUGUACCUUUUGUCGUUCUGCGGUAGCCUAGUGUUUAGGGCGCUUGUGUUCGCUUCUCGAUCCCGGCACCGCAUGGAAACUAUGACAAUUAACAUAGACAGUGACUAUUCCUCCAUCAAGCGCCCGGUAUUAGAAGUAAAAGUCACGGGUCUUCCGGAUAAGACCUAAAAAAAAAACGGAGGUUAAGUGUCAUGGUAGGCGUCAUCGCGAUAAAGAAUACUCAUUGCUACGACCAUAAGCGACUCUAUAUGAGUGAACAUAUUAUCGAAUAGCACAGAAAACAACAUAUAAACAAAGAAAUUAUAUUUAACGAUUGCCUUUAUCUAAAAUAAAAAUCUCUCGACACUACUUAAUGAAUAUUACAACUAAUCAACACACUUUGUUCUAAUCCUGUAACAGCUAUGUCGGAGUACAUACGUCGAUUACGUAAAUGUCCUCUUAGAUGCAAUAUAAAACUCAAAUGACAAUCUUUAAUUUUUACAUGUAUGAAUUGUGCAUUGUUAUUCUUAUAAUAAAAAAGUAAACAAACC